GGGAGGAAAACGCAUCGACAUGCCAUUAGCGCAAUCAGAAAAUUGGUGACCCAAGACAUUGUUGAGGCAUUGCGCUGGACCGGAACAAGGAUCACAAAUCAGGUCGACUUUUUGACCCCCAGAACCAGAGGUCAAGUGGUAUAUCAAGUCUAUUGAAAAGUAUCAACAUUAGAGCAGAAGUGUAAAGUUUCUGCCUGGAAGUGGGGGAAAGAACAUCCGGAAUUGCUGCGACUGCAUAUUAGAAGAAGCAGCUAGUAGGAUGGAUCACAAUAAUCACAAUAAUGCUCAUCGGCAGGUGUUGUACGAUUGGAACCAGCCAGUUGUUGAACCCGUUUAUACAAGCACCUACUUCAACCGACUGGGUGAAGCCAAGCCAAGUGCAAGUGCAGACGAUGAAAAUGGAAGAAGUGUAAUCGAUGCAUACCAUCAUCAAGUAACCGACAACAAGGAAACUAGUGUUAGUCCAAAUACAGGGGUAUUUCAGGCAAAGCAGUAUCACUAUCACGCUAGAAAAAUGGCAGAGCCAUUUUCAGCCUCAACAGCAUUUACCAACAAUAACAACAACGAUGGUUGGGGAGACGAUUGGGGCGAUUGGGGAGAGAACACCAAUUCGUUCCCUCAGCAGAAAGCUGCGCCUUCACAGCAACAUCAACAGCAAGUAGCUCCGCCCAAACCCAACAUGAACACCACCCAGUACUUCCACACCCAGCAACAACAGCAGUAUCCGCCGCAACAAGUGCAUUUGGAUCAGAACAAUCAAAACUUCAUGCCCAACCCAGUUCAAUCCGCUGGUCUUCAACAACCGGUGUAUAUGAACUACUCUGCCCCUACCGCUUCAAUACAACAACAGCAACCGCAACAACCCUUUCAGCCAACAUACCAACAUCAUCCCUAUCCUCAACAGCAUCCACCGUACACGCAACCUCCAGCAUCAAACAAUUACUUCAACCAGCCACCGCAGAGACCUCCAUCGCAUCCCCCGGCUUCGGUGACCCCACAGCUUCCCCAACAUUCGGUCCCAUCGUUCAACCAAUCCAUCUCUGAUAGCUUCAACGCCAGUCCCAACGAUAACUGGAACUGGAACAUUUCGGAUAACCAGCCAGCUAUUAGUCCAAAACCACAACACGUAGAAGCUCAACCGCAACCGCAUGUGUUUCAGGACACCUACCAUCAUCAACAGAGUUAUGCACAGCAGAAUGCUGCUCCGCAGAAUACUUUCAGUUUACCUGGUGCUGCAAACAAUACUCAGCUGCCGCAGGCUAAGGUUCAGCCUGCCCAGCUAACUCGGCUAAAGAAUGAAACUCUGUCGCCGCAGUGGUCCAUCGAGAGCCAAGUCUCGCAAACGUCCAGUGAUCGUUCCAUUGAGAGUGGCGAGAUCGGCGAAAGUAGAAGUUCCAACACCGGGCCAUCAGACGAUGGUUCCUCCGGUAGACACCAAUCUAAACAUCAGGUUGAAAACUACGAAAACAUUGGCUACGAACAGCAAUACCCAGUCCAUGCUGAAAUUCCGGAUGAAUUGGACGUGGCAUUGAACUCGUUGAGCAUCAAACAGGAGCCCCAAGUGGAAGCGGAGCCAAAAACACAAAAUAACUACAGGGAGUCUUCUUUCCCUCCACCUCCGCCUUCAAUAGCCAGCAGCAAUCAACAAGCUGAUGGCGGCUCUUUGCCCCCCAAAUCGACUUCCAAGACUCCGCCAUUGCCACCGCCUCCUGUUGAAGUUGAUCAAAAAGCAUCUACAGAAAUUCAGUCUCCUCCGCAAGGUCCUCCACCAAGUCAAGGCCCACCUCCAUCACAAGGACCCCCACCUAUCCAGGGACCUCCAAAGGGUUCGGCCAACCCAUUCAAGCGCACCACACAACGCACCCACAUCGCUACUCCUGGAUUAGGGGUCACACAACCACCGGCACCAAAUCCAACCUUCUUCUACCAGCCGCAAGAGCUCCCGAAUGUGGAAAACCUUACCCCAGAAAAUCAAGAAAUUCCUGAUGCUCGCUUGGAAAACGUUGAAAACCUCGAGGUCGCUCCCAGUAACGACCGCAAUCAAUAUCUACAAACCGGACACCUCUCCGAAGAUGGCUACGCAACUUCUCAUCGCGCUGCGUCACACGACCCACAACUAGCCGAUGAUAGUCUCCCUCCACCGGGACUAUCCCGUUACGUGCCGGGCCAGCAGCAAUCCGAAAAUAAUCAACAACCACCCAGCCAUACCUAUCCUGAACCCCCGCCAGGUUUGGAUCGAAUGAUCCCCGGAACCGACCUGGAGAACGCAACCGAUCUCAACAUGGAACGCCAAGCCGAUGGCGAAGUGUCCGAUUCUGCCUCGAACCCAAACCCACGGCCAGCUUAUUCGUCUGCUGCACCCACCCAAGCUGAUCACCAUCAUCUGCACCACCAGGAAGAGGAAAUCAGUGAUCGCAAUCUGUAUUUGGUUCCAGGCGAAAGCGAUACCCAUCACAACCAGCAGCGCGUAAUUCCCGGCGUCGAAGACGAUCGACCACCGCAAAGUACGAGUGCCAGUAGCUAUUCGGCGCAACAUGCCCUCGAUAUUCCGAUCAACGAGCAACAGCGUGAGCUGGUUAUGGAUGGCGAGAACCCUCACGACCCCCCAACUCAGCCCCUUCACGUUGAAAUAAGUCGCGAUGAACCCAUCGAAGGAGGUAACACAGAUGAUGACAGUCCGGCGAUCGGCGGCAAUCCGGGAGCCACUGCCGUCAGCAUCGCAGAACCAGAAUCGAAUCCUGCCGCGGAAACACCACGCAAAGAUCCAUCCAACACCUCCACGGCGGACGAAAGCGACAAGGAGCGAUCGAUGUUCUACGGAGGGAAGGGUAAACCGACGCGGAGGGACGAAGAUCCGUUGCGACGGUCGAACAAAAGCAAGAGCUCGCGGGAUCGCUACGAUACGGAAGACUCGGACUACAGUGACCGGGACCGGCGACGGAGGGAAGGAAGUAAUGGAGUGGAACAUCGGGAACGGAGACGAGGCGAGCGGGAGAAAGAGAAGGAGAGGAGGAAGGAUGGCGGUAGGGACCGGGAGCGCGAUCGUGAUCGUGAUUACGACUAUCGGGAUAAGGACAGAAACAGGUAAGUGCGAUGUAUGACAGUUAUGUU